AUGAAUUAUGAGAUGAAUUAUGAGAUUUUUGAAAUUUUAGAUAAGUGUAUUAUUCUAGUGUUUGCAGAAGAGGACAAGUUGGCAAAUACAAAGUACAAGGUGCCCGAAGAUGAGGAUAUUGUGGGACCGUUUUCCUUUGAUGGGCACUUUCCGGGUAUUCCAAACCCUAGUGAUCGCCAGAUCCAGAAGACCUUCAACAACAUCAAGAUCACCAUCCUCUGCGGUUUCGUCACCAUCCUUGUCCUUCGCGGCACCAUCGGCGUCAACCUCUCCUCCUCCGACGCUGAUGCCGUCAACCAGAGCCUCAUCGAGGAGACCAACCGCAUUCUCGCUGAGAUCCGCUCCGACUCCGACCCCGACGACAACGACACCCCUUUCAGCCCCAACGACACCGCCGCCUUCUCCCUAGGCCCCAAGAUCUCCGAUUGGGAUCAACAACGCCACCAAUGGCUCCAGCAAAACCCUGAAUACCCUAAUUUCGUGAGAGGUAAAGCUCGAAUCUUGCUCCUCACUGGUUCACCUCCAAAACCCUGUGACAACCCAAUUGGUGAUCAUUACUUGUUGAAGUCGAUUAAGAACAAAAUUGAUUACUGUAGAUUGCACAGGAUUGAGAUUGUGUACAAUUUGGCGCAUUUGGAUAAGGAACUUGCUGGGUAUUGGGCCAAAUUGCCAAUGAUUAGAAGGUUGAUGUUCUCACACCCUGAGGUGGAGUGGAUUUGGUGGAUGGAUAGUGAUGCUUUCUUCACUGACAUGGUUUUUGAGCUUCCUUUGUCUAAGUAUGAUGAUUACAAUUUGGUACUUCAUGGUUACCCUGAUUUGUUGUUUGAGCAGAAGUCUUGGAUUGCUGUGAAUACCGGCAGCUUCUUGUUUCGGAAUUGCCAGUGGUCUUUAGAUUUGCUUGAUGAUUGGGCUCCCAUGGGCCCCAAAGGUCCAGUGAGGGAGGAGGCUGGUAAGGUCUUAACUGCAAAUUUGAAGGGUCGCCCGGCAUUUGAGGCCGAUGAUCAAUCUGCAUUGAUAUACCUUUUGUUGUCCAAAAAGGAGAAGUGGAUGGAUAAGGUUUUCCUUGAGAAUUCUUACUACCUGCACGGCUACUGGGCUGGCUUGGUUGACCGGUAUGAAGAGAUGGUUGAGAAGUACCAUCCCGGAUUAGGAGAUGAGAGGUGGCCUUUCGUGACACAUUUUGUGGGAUGUAAACCUUGUGGGAGCUAUGGAGAUUAUCCUGUUGAGAGGUGCCUCAGUAGUAUGGAGAGGGCUUUCAAUUUUGCUGAUAAUCAGGUGCUCAAGCUCUAUGGUUUCCGUCACCGUGGCUUGUUGAGCCCUAAGAUCAAGAGAAUAAGAAAUGAGACAGUUACUCCUUUGGAGUAUGUAGAUCAGUUUGAUAUCAGAAGACAUUCUACAGUGAGCAGUGAAUCAAAAAGCCAGUGAGAAAAACCUGUUUUGAUAAUGGUAUUUUUAUAGGCAGCAAUUAGAAGUGUUGUUGUUCUCUUUGGUGACACAAUUCACAUGUUAACUUGUGCUUGUUUUAACUUUGAUACCUCCUCUGGGAAUGAUAGCAUCUAAUUCUUUCAUAGUUUA